AUGGUCUUUGAGGGCUUCAACCCGCCCCAGAAGAGCGCCACCACGGAGGGGCCCAUGCUGCGCCGACGCGCCGGCAGCCUGCCGAAUCUCUUGGCCAGGCGGACGACCACAGGAAGCACCACUAGCAACAAGUGGCACGAGGAGAACCGCAUCCCCGGGGCACACCAGUCGAGAGCCAGCCCUGCCUUGCCCACACCUGGGCCGGGAGACUACAACAACACCACCAAGGAGAAGGUCCCAGGUGGCAGCUACUUUGGCACCGGACAUGUCACCGUUGGCCUGGACAACAGCGAUGCAUCCUUCACCAUGGCCCAGGAGAAGCAGUGCUUCAUCAAGAACGACUUGAACAAGAACGGCACCUUGGACUUCCAGGAGCUUUGCAGGCUGCUGCGGAAGGGUGACCCAGCUGUGACGGACACCGAGGUGCAUGCCCUCUUCCAAGCCUUGGACGCCAACGGGGACGGCAGCAUCGGGUUUCAAGAGCUCUCAGAGUAUCUCCACCCACCGGGCUCCACCUUUGAACACUCCACCUGGCGCAAAAAGCUGCGGAACGCCUUCAGCCUCUCCCAGCCGGGGCCAGCGGACUACGUGGGCAACGACCGGAACCUCGCGGGCAAGCGGAACGCGCCCCGCGCUGUGAUCCCGGCCCAGAGGAGAAUGACCGACAUCGGCAUCAACCUCGACUCGCCGGGGCCCUGCGCGUAUACCAGCCUGGACACUGGUAGCGCUUUCCACAAGAAGCCCUUCGCCGCCACCUUCGGCAACGCGCCCAAGAAGAUGGACGACCGCUCCGUAUCCCCGGGCCCCGGCGCGUACCAUCAGAACUUCUCGGUCUUGGCGCACCAGAAGCAAGGCCCCCGCGCCACCAUCGGCGCGGCACGGCGGGCGCUCUGCGACGGCCAUGAGGAGACCACCCCGGGGCCCACGUCCUACGUGGGGGAGACCAAGUAUAAGGUGAAAGGCGGCAACUACUUUGGAGUGCCAGGGCGCAUGUCGCUGCCGGACCUCUCGUAUGAGAAACGGGCCUUUGCAACCUGCGAUGUGAACAAGGACGGACAUUUGAACUUGGAGGAGGUCUUCACACUCCUCAGGAAGGCGGAUAUGACGGUCACGCAGCAGGAGGCCAAACAGGUCUUCGACGCCUGCGACACCAACCGGGAUGGGAUGAUCGAGUGGGACGAGCUGAGGAACUACAUCUACCCUGCCAACGGCUACGAACACACGGCCCAAAGGAAACGCUUCAAAGACCUCUUCUCUGCCAAGUCCCCCGGGCCAUUGGACUAUGACACCGUUGCCCCGCGGAAGACCAAAGUCCAUGGGGGCACCAUCGGCCGGGCCCGGCGCUAG